AUGUACUUUCUAACAGUAUUAUAUUAAUCCUUGACAGUAACCGUGGAGACUACAAUCUCUAACACAUAUUGGCAAUACCUUUUACAGUUGCAUGCAGGUAGCAAUCAAAUUUGUCAGAACAAAAUGUAAACACGUUGAGAAAGAAGAAACUUUACAGGGAAAUCAUUGUUGCUACUUCUGGUAGGCUACUUCCUUUUUACGGAACUUAUUUGAAGAGCUUCUUUGAAGAAGGUCGUUCUUCAGGACGUGCGGAGCUUUCUGUUUUAGUUCACUUCAGCUGGGGUGUUUCGGAAGGCAAGGACACACAUUUGACCAGGAAAGUGCUCAGGACCAAGGGUCAAGAGCACUGUGAGAACGCAUCACCUGAAGAUGGCAAAUGACAAGAGCAACGCGUUCGAAUCGCUUUAGGACGCAACAUUGGACUCCAAUUCAGUCAACGAUAUUGAUGUAUAUUCUUUAGAAAUUAUAUCAGCAUUAAGAAUGCUUUGCAUGCAUGUUAAAUCCAUAUCGUAUUUUUAAUUUUAGUUAAGUAUAUUGUUAUUACUUUGAGUUUGUAGACGUUUUUUUUUCUUUAGAGGAACACUAUCAUGAAGUUCAACGGGUAUCUAAAGCUUAGAAUUGGUGAGGCGUUGGACCUCAAACCAACUACUUUUUCCCUUCGCCAUUCUACAAUGUUCAACAAAACAGCUCCCACUUUGGACCCUUACAUUGUGAUAAAGGUGGACGAGUACAAAAUUGGACAGACGCAUACAAAGCAGAAAACCAACAUGCCAACUUACAACGAAGAGUUCUGCCUCAAUGUCAACGACGGCAAGCAUAUAGAGUUGGCUGUAUUUCACGAUGCGCCCAUAGGGAAUGACGAUUUUGUUGCUAACUGCACAUUUCAAUUUGAGGACCUGAUGAAAACCUUGAACACAGAAGAGACUUUUGAAGGAUGGGUGGACCUGGAGCCAGAGGGCAAGGUGUUCAUCCUCAUAACACUCAAUGGCUCCUUCAUUGAUGAUGACGCCACGGGGAAGGCCAAGGUGUUCAAGCAGUUCAACAGGAAGAGGCAACGGGCCGUGAAACGCAGGAUCCAUCAGGUCAACGGACACAAGUUCAUGUCCACCUUCCUACGGCAGCCCACCUUCUGCUUCCACUGCAAAGAGUUCAUCUGGGGUGUGUUUGGGAAGCAGGGCUACCAAUGCCAAGUAUGCACGUGUGUGGUUCACAAGCGAUGUCAUCAGUUGGUUGUCACGGUGUGUCCGCGUAUGAAGAAGCCUGUCAAGGAGCCGACCACCAACCAAGGCUUCAGUAUCAACGUCCCUCACAAGUUCAACAUCCACAACUUUAAGGUUCCCACCUUCUGUGACCACUGUGGUUCUCUACUGUGGGGCCUUGUCAGACAGGGUCUACACUGCAAGAGCUGUAAGAUGAACGUGCACAUCCGCUGUAAGGGCAACGUAGCACCCAGCUGUGGGGUCAACAGUGUGGAGCUGGCCAACAAGUUGGCAGAGAUGGGCCUGCAGGCCGGGGGGUUCUCCAAACGCAAUUCGCUGUCCACUGGAGUGCAGGGCCAGGAGCGGGCCCUCAGUGUGAGGAGAGAGAGUGAAACCCCUCAGCAGCAGACCAGACAUCUGGGCAUCUCUGACUUCACCUUCCUACAGGUGCUGGGGAAGGGUAGCUUCGGCAAGGUGAUGCUGGCUCGGUUGAACAGCGGUGAGCGGGUGUUUGCAGUGAAGGUGCUGAAGAAGGACAUAAUUCUGCAGGACGAUGAUGUUGAGUGCACCAUGACAGAGAAGAGAGUGCUGUCACUGGCCAGCUCCCACCCGUACCUCACUCAGCUCUACUGCUGCUUUCAGACACCGGACCGCCUGUUCUUUGUGAUGGAGUUUGUCAAUGGGGGCGACCUCAUGUUCCACAUCCAGAAGUCCAGAAAGUUUGAGGAGUGCCGCGCUCGCUUCUACACCGCCGAGAUCACCUCUGCACUUAUGUUCCUGCACAGCAAGGGCAUCGUCUACAGGGAUCUGAAGCUGGACAAUGUCCUCCUUGAUAAGGACGGACACUGUAAGCUGGCUGAUUUCGGCAUGUGCAAGGAGGGCAUGUUUGAAGGUGUGGCCACAGGCACCUUCUGCGGGACUCCUGACUACAUCGCCCCAGAGAUCCUUCAGGAGAUGCAGUACGGGCCGUCUGUGGACUGGUGGUCUCUCGGCGUGCUGCUCUAUGAGAUGCUGUCUGGCCACGCCCCCUUUGAGGCAGAGAACGAGGACGACCUGUUUGAGUCCAUCCUGAAUGAGGAGAUCAGCUAUGCAUCCUGGCUGAGUGCUGAGGCAGUCAAUAUCCUGAAAGCUUUCCUGACUAAGAACCCUGCCCGGCGUCUAGGCUGCGUGGCGGCGGAGGGUGGGGAGAACGCUGUGACUAACCACGUCUUCUUCACUGGAAUCAACUGGGACAAGCUGAACUGCAGGGAGCAGGAGCCGCCCUUCAAACCCCGCAUCAAAACUGCAGAGGAUGUGAACAACUUUGACCCAGACUUCACCCAGGAGGAGCCCACCCUGACGCCCAUUGAGGAUCUCCUUCCCUCUGUCAACCAGGACGAGUUCCACAACUUCUCUUUCACCUCUCCUGAGCUGCUGGACGACUAGGAGGCCCUGUGUGAACCCCCCGCCCCCCCCCCCCCCCUGCACCUCCAGAUGACUGGAGCCAUACAGGAUCACAAUGUGUCUAGCUCUGGCUAGUUCACUGGCACAGUUGACUGUUAGGCACUGCCUUAGCCUGUAUCUCUAAUUUUGAAAGGCAGUUUAGACUCAGCCCUCGUCACUGUGGUAUAUGACUGUCUGGUUCUCUGUGGAGAGAGAGAGAGAGGUUACUCAAUGAGGCCAGAUUUUAGUCAGAUGUUUUUCCACGAUCCUUCCCUUCAUCUUUGGAAAACAUGGGACAGUCUUGACUUGUAACCUUGUGUAUUAAUGCGUAGUAAUGCUCUUACAGUAUCUGACUGCAAUGCAAAGCAAUUUUAAUGGCAAUUUGUCCCCUGAUAUGGAAAGAUGAAUUUGCCUACAGGUACUUCAAGAUGAAUACAAGCACUUUUUGAACUAA